AUGGCUGUAUUUCUCAGUAAGAGGCUGCUAAGGCUAGUAGUCUUAGUUGGUGUAUGCCUUGGGAUCUUGGCAGUAAUGUCACCCCGUGGUGGUGAUCAGAGUGGUACUACUCAAAGUUAUCUAUCUAACAUGAUGCCCUCAAAUUUCGAUUUUAGUGGUAGCAAGUUAUGGGGGUCUCAGAGUAAUGAAAACGUUUCUGAGGAGAAAGAAAGAUAUGAAGCUGAAAAGGAGAAGGAAAAGGAGCAAGCAAAAUCUGAGGACUCUAAGGAAUCCGAGGAAUCUGAGAGUCUUCAUAAAUUACCUUCCACUGAGCCUUAUGAUGAAUCAAAGACUGAAUCACCAUCCUCUUUGGAAGAACGUAAUUUAGUUUGGGAAUACAUGAAGCCAUCUUAUAAAAAUAAAGGUUCAAGACCAAAGGCAUGUUUCGUGUCAUUAGUGAGAAAUGAGGAAUUGCACAAUAUGUUGGAAUCCAUUGCACAAGUGGAAAAGAAAUUCAACAAGAAAUUCCAUUACCCAUGGGUUUUCAUGAACGAAAAGAAAUUUACUGAUGAAUUUAAGAGAGAAGUCAGUCAGGCAACUAGUGGUGAAGUGGAAUUUGUGUUGAUUCCAGAAGAAUAUUGGUCGUACCCUGACUACAUUGAUCAAAAUUUGGCUGCAGAUGAAAGAAGAAAAAUGGACGCUGACGGUGUUGUGUAUGGUGAAAGUGAAUCAUACAGACACAUGUGUCGUUUCCAGUCAGGAUUCUUCUGGCAACAAGAGGCUCUAGAUAAGUACGAUUGGUAUUGGCGUGUGGAACCUGGUAUUAAGUUGUACUGUAACAUCAAUUAUGAUGUUUUCCAAUGGAUGCAGGAUAAUGAAAAGGCCUACGGUUUCACUAUUACCAUCCAUGAAUAUAUGAGAACCAUUGAAAGUUUAUGGAAUACCGUGAGAAAAUGGUGGAAGAAAAACCCAGAAUACAUUGCAAAGGACAAUUUGUUAGAGUUCAUCUCCGAAGAUAAAGGUGAAUCUUACAACUUGUGUCAUUUCUGGUCCAAUUUCGAGGUUGCUAAUUUGAACCUGUGGAGAUCUCCUGCGUACCGCGAUUAUUUCAAGUAUUUGGAUGACACUGGUAAUUUCUUCUACGAAAGAUGGGGUGACGCGCCAGUUCACUCUAUUGCAGCUUCGUUAUUUUUACCAAAGGAUUCGAUCCACUAUUUCAGUGAUAUUGGUUAUAACCACAUUCCUUAUGAUAACUGUCCAUUGGAUAAGAACGUCUUCAAGGAGAACGAAUGUGAAUGUAAUCCAGACAAUGAUUUUACAUUCCACAGUUAUGCCUGUGGUGUACAAUACUAUAACUCACAAGGUCUAACCAAACCAAAUGGUUGGGAAAAAUACAACAAUUGA